AAAAAAGCAAAACACGACGUUGAAAUUGACGAAGGUCCUCAAAAUGAUACAGUACAGUUACCAUAACUGCCUUUACAGCUUUAGCAACUCAUCGUGCUUAGAUUUCGAAAUUGAGCAAGGGGAAUUCAUCCUAAAAACAUUGGAGUGUUUGGCUAGUUACACGGUACGUUACUACGCUGAAAGCCAACUCGACCAACAGGCGACUAGGCUGUAGCUGCCCACGUAUCAUCAACAUAAAUUCCAUCAUAUAAUAAAAUACCGAUCAUAUGAAGAGCCAUGCCUCUCACUCAGUCCGAGAUUGUUGGACCAAGCCAGUGGACUAUGGUGGAGCUCUUGGGUCAGAGGAGCUUACUGGGCUUUGGAGCUUUUCUGACAUGGCUGGUUCUCUUCCAUUUACUGGUGAACAUAUGGCUGUUGUGUGUUUUCACCAGCCUCCUGGUGGUUUUGGGGGGAUGGCUGGGAUCUCAGGCUGUCUUGGACUCCAACAGCGUUGUUCACCUGGAAAGGUUUGUCACAUUGGAGAGGGUUCCUUGCUCUUCUGAGAGUGAGCGACAGCUAGACCACGAGAUCCAGACCACCGUUCGUAAGAUAAUUAGAGACUUUGUGACCUCCUGGUAUUGCAUGGUGUCAUCUGAGCGGGACUUUGAGGUUGAGGUGCAAAGUGCCAUGUACUCCAUGGCGAUGGAGCUAAAAAGUCGGUCAAGAAGAGUGGACAGGAAGGUCCUGACGCAGAGGGUUUUGGACUUGUGUGGUGGCCAUCUUCAAAGCUACCUGAGGGCCAUGGAAAUCAUGGCUGAGCUGGAGAAGGAAGGGGAUGGCAAGAACAGCCUCUGUGAAGCAUACUUUGAGGUCUGUACACCUCACCCUGCUGUGAAGAGCUCUGCCAUGGAGGUGAAUUACACCAGGGCUAUUGUUGACCUGUUGCUGCAUGUCCUUGUCCCGCCGCCUCACCUGGAAACCCGUACAGGAAGGUUUGUGGUUGGAGAGCUUAUCACCUGCAAUGUCCUUCUCCCUUUUAUUACAAAACUAUCAGAUCCAGACUGGCUGAAUCUGUUGAUUGUAGCUGUUUUCACAAAGUCAAGUAUGCAAGCCCCCAAAGCCUCAGAACCACCAAAAACACCAUCAGUGCCAGAGCUCACAGUCUUAGAGCAGGAGCAGCCCCAGCAAGACAUUCAGGUCCCUUGCUCUUUACCCUUAAGAAUCCUGUCUGAAACGCCUAUCGACACAGAGGCUGCCACACCUGAGUUGGCUGCUUACGAUAUCAUUGAUUCGGCUGAGUUGUACGGCCCUCAGAAUAAUAUAGAGGAAGAAGAGCCUAGACAGAACCUAGAUAGGCUUGGUAUCUGCCCAAUUGACUACCUGAGACGAGUAAAAUCAAAUCCAUUCUACCAAGAGACAGACUCAGACCUGGACUCUCCUCUGACAGAUUUCAAGAGAAGCUCUAUGGAGUCCCUCGUUUUGAUUGGUGCGGAGGAGGAGUUGUCAGAUAGGUUCCGGGAGUGUGCCACGCCCACUGACAUCAGCAGUGUCAUCUAUCUGGAAGAUGACCUCCGGGUUUACCCUGGCCUAGCUGAGGACAUUUCCUCCCCCAAAGUUCUGGUCUCCGAACUACAGAAUCAUUCUGACCCCAUUGCUAACAUAUUGUGCCCCACAACGGAGAAUGUUCUCUUGAAUUUCGGCAGCCUUCAGGACCUGGACACGAGGGAAAGCAUCACCAACCCAGAUCGAGAGUUGGACCUGGGGUCAGGUUGCCAACCUAAUGGGUUUACGGCAUCUGUGAGUGGCCACCUGCAGACCUCCUCCCCUAUGGCGCCCUUGCCUUCCUUCAGCUUCGAGCCGCUCAGCAGCCCUGAAGGCCCCAUCAUCAUCCAGAACCUCCGCAUUGCUGGCACCAUCACAGCCAAGGAACACCGUGGCACUGGCUCGCAUCCGUAUACUCUGUACACAGUUAAGUAUGAAACGGCAAUGGACUCUGAGAACCCAGGGACUAUCCAGCCAGUUGCCUAUCACACGGUCAACCGCCGAUAUAGUGAGUUUCUCAACCUACAGACACGCCUGGAGGAGAAAUCGGACUUGAGAAAACUAAUUAAAAAUGUGAAAGGACCAAAGAAAAUAUUUCCUGACUUGCCGUUUGGAAACAUGGACAGUGAAAAAGUAGAGGCCAGGAAAGGGCUGCUCGAGACUUUUCUCAAGCAACUUUGUGCCAUACCUGAAACUGCAAACAGUGAAGAGAUGCAGGAGUUUCUUGCUCUUAAUACAGAUGCAAGAAUUGCCUUUGUCAAGAAGCCGUUCAUUGUUUCACACAUAGACAAGAUUGUGGAUACCUUGAAGACUGCAUUUCCUCGCUCAGAGCUGCAGAGCCCUACAGAAGAAAUGGAUGGAGACACAGAGGGCAAGCUUUAUUCUGAAAAGAAAAACAAGUCUCGGCUUAGGUUCUCCAGCAAAAGCAACCCAGUCCUUAAUGUCUCUGACAUGAGGCCUAAAGUGGUAUACUGCUUUGAUGAGAGGAGCACAGUGUUUAACCGCCUGUCUGUAACUGGCCUAGAGGCCUUUAUCAAGGAGCAGGAGCUAGCUGUGAUGUGUGAUGCAGAGCCUGAGCGACAAGACAGUCCGGGCCUCAGAGGUGAAGUGGGAGGCUGUGGAUUCCCACGAAAUAAUGUGCCAGACGAAUCCAGUGAAGAUUCUGUGGCAGAGACAGCCCAGGCUGACAUAGCCCUGGACAUAAUGUGUCUGCUAAUGAAGGACCAGUGGAGCUGGUUGUGCACCGAUAACAUCCAGAAAACCAUCCGGCUGCUGUUUGGCACCCUCAUUGAAAGGUGGCUUGACGUGAGUGUUGCUAACCUGACCUGUACUCAGUACUGGGUGUUUUACCUGCGGGUGCUGCAGGAGGCUGUGUGGCCAGGGGGCAGCCUCCCAGCCCAGCCCCGCCCAGAGCGCAGCAAGCAGCAGAAGGAAGACACCAAGGAUCAGUCCCUGCACUGCCUGAUGAGGCUACUCCCAGAUUUGCUCUCAGAUAUGCUGGGCUCUGACAAGUACAAACUAAGCUGGCAGACUGCACUGGAAUCUUUGCAGGACCCCUACAUAAACAGACACCUGGUCUACUGUAUCUGGGAUCUUCUACUUGAGUUCCUAGUCCCUGAAACAUCCGAGGAGGAUUUCCAGAAAACUCUCCUGCAAAGUCUCUCCAAAAAUGCAGAAAAACUGCCAUUAUGAAAGCUGUCGAAGAGAUACUGGGGUACAGAGUGCAUCUGUAGAAAGUGUAACGCUGAGACUUUGGAACCGAGGUCACCCUGGAUCUGUCUCUGAAUUAGGUCAUGCUAUUUGUGGUUUGUCCAGACAUCUAUAGCAGCUUUAAUUACCCAGCACUGGUUUUCUGAUUGAUCAGAAUAUCUUUGUGAACUCCAAAACCAAACACACCAUCUGAAAAUGUUCCAAAUUCAUCCCUUUCCUGCUCCCUAAAAACAUCCAUAUUUGGAACAAACUAAUUUUCAAAUAGAAUUAAUGUCAAUGUUAUCCCUCAUGGUCUUUCUGUAUCCAUUUAGAUCUGUAUGUUUAUUAGAAUUGCUUGGGGUUUCUAAGAGUUAAAUGGGGACAAAGUACCUUUGACAUCUAAUGCUUUAUAAUAAGCUAUGAUAAUUGUUACUCAUGUUACCUUUUACAAAAUGACUGAAUGAACUUCAACAAUCUAAAACAAUUCCUCAGUAUGAUGCAGCACAUUUUACUCUUCUCCAAAAUGUCUUAACACUGAUUGUCUUAAGAAACAUGCACUUACAUUGUAUCUACAUAAUUGGUUUCACUGAAAAGUAAUAUGUAGACAAUAUUCUCAGAAAAACUCCAAAAGUUUAUGGAUUGCAUGUUCCUAGAUGAUUGUGAAUCCUAUGUUCCCUGACACUUUAUGAGAUGGACAAAAAAUAUUUUAAAGCAAUGUGCUGUUUGAUUAUAUAGUCCAGGGGAGUAUAUGCCUAAUUAAUGUCUGUUAAACUGACACAAAAACUUCUCAAAAUGAACAUUGCCUGACAAGAUGUCCACAACGUUUAACAUUGCUCACCCUUAUUGAUUCUUGUCAGUGAAUUUAAUGUUGAACUCUUAGAGGGCCAAGCAUGUCUUAAAUGUUGCACUGUCGUAUCUCUCAAUCUUUAUUUUUGUAUUGUUGUUAAAAUGUGAUUGAUUACUUUGUAUAUAUUCAUUAACUUAUUUGUUUAGUGGUAAGGAUGCCUACUGUGAAAGUAUGUAAUGAUAAUAAAUCAUGUUCAUCAUUGUGAAAUGCUUCAAUUGCCUUAAACAUUGCUGGAAGAGGUCUUAUCUAUCUUUAUUAUAUAGUCAGUGGCCAUGCCUUUUGUAGAUGGUGUCAUUAAGUAGUAGCAAAACCCAGUGACGAGGGUACUUCUGUUUCUUAUGUUGUGCUGAAUAUUCUUUACUGUGAUGUUUAUUCCCUUCAAAAAACAUUCCUAGCUGUUAUUGUGACUCCCUCUUGAUGUACAUUAGAGUUGACUUGCUUUCUGCGUUGUUCUUAAAUAAACCAUGCCCCUUGAAGUGUACAACUUGUUUGACAAAAUUGUGAUUGCUGUAACACAAUGGACAUUUGCAGUGGUUUGUGGCUUUUGUUAUGUUGUAUGAGUCCUGGUAAAAAAGUGUCAAAUGAUAUGUACUCUGGUGGCAUUAUAGACACUGUUUAACCCAAAAUAAAGUAAUGAUUAAUUAAC